UAUUUAACAAUUUGACAGCAGAAUUUUCUCUUCCGCAAUUUUGGAAUUUCUUUUUUUUCUUUCUGUUUAAAGUAUUGCAGUUUUAAAAAAUAUAAUAGUGUAAAGUAAAUUAUAAAUAAGUGAAUUGAUUUAAGAAAGGACGUUGAAUUUAGAGUUAUUUGAAAUUUAAUGUUAAAGUAAUAUACGAAAAAAAAGAUUCAUAUUAUUAUUUUCUUUUUAAUUUUAUUUUGACAAAACAUAUACAGAAAGCAAAGCCAAUUUUCUUGAAAUGUCAAUUAAUAUACAACAAUUGAUCUUGGAGGCCCAAAAGAUGGCUAAUCGAAACAAAGAAUUAGUGGCGUUAUCUAAUUCUCUUUUGGUCGAAGCCGAAUCAAAUAAUCGAACUUUAGAGGCAAUGAGACAAUUUCAAGACGAUAUCGAUUCUUUAAAUAAACUAGCUCGCAAUAAGUCUAACUCCGAUAUGAUAAAUCGUAUAAAUCAACAAAAUCCGAGCAUUCGAGAAACUCGUAACGAAAAUCGUGAACUAAAAGCAACAUUAGAGGAUCAUCAACGUGUUUUAGAAUUGGUUAUGCAAAAAUACCGCGAACAUACACAACAAAAUUUGUUUAAAAGUCAAGUUAAUUUCAAAGAAUUGUAUAAUGAAAAAUUAUUAGAAGUAAUAAGAAAGCAAGCUGAGAAAAUUAAUGAGAUGGCAGCUGUAAUGCAAAAAGCGGCGCAAGCAGAUGACGAUGAUAUUUAUAAGGAACUGGAAUGGAAUACAAAACUUAAAACAGAGAAUCAAGCUUUAAGAGAAAUUUUACAAAUAGCAAAUGAUUUUGGAUCAACAACACCAUUAUGUUCUGGUAUUGUUGAUGUUAGUAGUGUUUGCAAUAACGUUAUCGCAGCCAGCGACGCUGUUGGUAGUUCCAAUGAUGAUAUUAUUUGCAUUGAUGAGGUUAAACAAAAUUUAUUGCUUCAUAGCCAAAUUGCAACAUCGAGUACUUCAUCUGGUUACGGUUCGUCAUCUAUUGGAACAAAUAGCAUACAAAGUAGUAGAAUACUAUGUCGGCCAUGUGAAGAUAAAGCUAUACAAACCGAAAUCAUACAGCAGCAACAUAUAGACGAGCAACAACAACCCCAAAAACUUCUAGAAUUACAACAACAAUCAUUACAUCUAUCAGUUAAUAAAUCAUUAGAAAAUGACGAUGAAGAUAGUGUUAUUGAAAAUAAACAAGUAAAUUUUAUUGAUGAUGAUAACGAACAAGUCGUGUUAAGCACUAUGAAAAUAUACAAUCAAGUUUUAGAAAAUGGUAAUAGUAAUAAAACGAAUAUAAAAAGUAAAUUAAGUACAACUGAAAUAAAUAGCGAACAGAAUAGUAAUAACAAUUCACCAAAUAAGAAUAAGCAACAACCAAAAAUAAAACAGAAAGAGCAACAGAAUCUUAAUAAUGAAAAUAAUAAAAAUAAUUUAACAGCUUCUAAGCAAAUUAGUGAAAAUAUCAAAACAAUACCAGUACAACAAAAAACCGAAAAUAAUUUUGUUGAAAUCACUGAAUUAUCAAAAUUAAAUUUAACAAAUGGUACUGUUGACAGUAUUGUUGAAAAUAUUGAAUCAAAGCAACAAUUACAAAUUAAUGAUACUAGGUUAAAUAAUUCAACGGUAAAAGCAGAGAUUCAAGAAAAUAAUAAUAAAAGUACUAUAUCGUCGUGAUAGAUAGAACUUAAAUGUAUUAUGAUCUUAAAAAAUCAUAAGAAUAAAUUAUUUAAAUAAAAUAUUUGAAGGAAAAACAAAAAAAUUAAAUAUGAAUUUCAUUUUAAGUCAAAUAUGUAUCUUAUUAUUUCAAUCUUUUUUUACUACAGAUACGCAAUGGAGUAAUAUUAAGAAAUGUAAGAAAAAUAUGUUAUAUUAAGAUUAAAUUCAUGAAAAAGAUAAAAGUGAGAUUUAAACUUUGUGGGCAGUUAAAAUAUUUUUGUUUCUAUCUUUAUGAUAAAAAAUUUUUGAAUCAAGUUGAAAUGACUUUAUUCAUUAAACUUAUUAUUUUCUUAUUUACUUAAAUAAUAAUUAUCGACUUCGCAUUAAAUAUGUGAAUUUAAUUCAGCUGAAUAAAACAAAUUAUGAAAAACCAUUUUGUUCAAAUGAAAAAGCAAAACAUCCACAUCCGCAAUAUUGGUUAAAAUUUUGAUUUAUAUCGAUAAUAAAAAAUUAAAAAUAUAAAUAUUCAUCAAAAGAUUCACACUUGCUGCAGAAUUUUAAAAUUCUUGAAAGCUUUAUCUUAAAAAUGAAUUUUAAUAAAGCCUAAGAUAAUGUUGGAACGUAUGAUUUCAAUUACACGAGUUUUUAAAAAAUUUAUUUUUAUUUAAGCAAACGAAAUAAUACAACAGUUGUAAUAUAUUAAUCGCUACUAUUGUAAUUUGUUUUGUUUCUGUAAAAAGAAGUCGUGACUUUAUUCAAAAAUUUAUUAUUUAGCUUUAAUAAAAAGCAUCGAGAAAAAAGUUAUUCUUGACGCAUUAUAAAUUAGAACGAAAUUAAAGAAAAAAAAUCUGUAGUACCAAAAGGUAAAAAUGUUAUUUAAUAAUUUCAAUGUUUUUUCUAAGUUAUUUACAUAUUUAUGCUUUAUAUUUUACCUCUUUUUUGGAAACAAUUUCUUCAUAUUUACUAUUUUAUUCAGUGAAAAAAAAAUUAUUUUCGCUUUAUGUAUUAUAUAUAUAAACAUUUUUGUAUUUUGUUGAAAUAUUUAUUUUAUACCAUUUACACUAAUAUGAAAAUAUGUUAAUGUAAUUUACACAAAAAGCAAAAAAAAAAAAAAAAUAUUAAAAAAUCAAUUAAUAAUCAUAUGUAUAAAUUAAAAUAAAAAUAAAUUAUUGAAAAAACAAAACUUACAACUUUUUACUUUCCUCUAAUUUGGUGGUUAGAUACCUGAAUAAAAAUUUCACUAUUACCAUUUUAGGUCGAUGGUUAAAUUUCCUACCACCAGAAGUGGAAAACUAAAGAAAUAUUGUCAGCUGCUAUCAUUUAAUCAAAAAUAAUAUAAUACUAUUAAUUUUAAUUGAAGUUAAUUUAUCUUUUAAAAAAAUAAUAAAAAUACACAUUUGCGUUUUCAUUAUUUUUAGCUCCUAUAAAGGUCUGCAUCAAUAAUAAUAAAAGAUAAGUAAAUUCAAAAAUUUAAAAGUAGAGACAAGCUGUUUGUAAUUGUAUAUAUACGACAUGAAUAUAUAGAU